GCCCGCCUUCCGCUUCCUUUUCACCACGGACGUUCCUGCUUGUCGGAGCAGCGGUCAUGGCAGCGGGAGAGGCAUCCCGGGUGGUGGUCUACGGCGGUAGAGGGGCACUGGGCUCUGCCUGCGUGCGGCACCUGCGGGCGAAGAACUGGUGGGUGCUCAGCAUUGAUUUAGCGGAAAACCAAGAAGCAAGCACCAACGUCGUGGUGCAAAUGGGCGAUUCGUUUGUGGAACAAGCAGAGCAGGUGACAGAAGACGUCGGAAAAGUCCUGGGUGAAAAGAAAGUGGAUGCUAUCCUCUGUGUGGCUGGUGGAUGGGCUGGAGGCAGUGCCAAGGCAAAAUCUUUAUACAAAAACAGUGACCUGAUGUGGAAGCAAAGUGUUUGGACAUCAACCAUCUCUAGUCAUUUGGCUACCAAAUACCUGAAGGAAGGGGGGCUAUUGACUCUAACAGGUGCAAAAGCAGCAUUAGCUGGAACUCCAGGAAUGAUUGCAUAUGGCAUGGCCAAAGGAGCUGUCCAUCAACUCUGCCAGAGUCUCUCUGGCUCAAACAGUGGACUCCCUGCUGGCGCUGCAGCUGUUGCGAUCCUCCCGGUUACCUUGGAUACUCCGAUGAACAGGAAAUCCAUGCCAGAGGCUGACUUCAGCUCCUGGACACCACUAGAUUUUAUUGCAGGAAUUUUUCAUGACUGGAUCAUCGGUAAAAACCGGCCAGACUCUGGAAGUUUGAUUGAAGUGGUAACAACUGGAGGAAAAUCUGAACUUUCACCAGCCCACCUCUGACCCAAGAAUGACAUUUGUGCAAAUAGGGGUAAAGUCAUAAAGAUAUAAAAUCUGUCUAGUGUAUUUAAUCAUCUUCUGUUCCUGCUCACUAUCUGGCUUUAUUUGGAACCAGAUCUGCAGUUGGUUUGUCUUGCUAAAUGUGACCCAGUGACAUUUAAUUAUCCAAAGGUGCAAGGCAUCUUGCAUUUAAUAGAAGAAAUGAGUUUCAAAACGGAUUAAUAGGUUAAUUUUGCAGAGUGAAAACUAGGGAGGCAGAGCAAAUAGGAAGCAAAUAAUAAAACAUGGUUCAUGUGGCAAAUCCCACAGCUUAUGUAUUUGCAUCUGAUCUUGGUGUGCAAGUACAUAAGAAUGAGGCUUGCAUUGGGACAUCCCUGUCCUCAUUUAUAGGUGAGGAUGCUGUUGUGAAUGGAAAAUCGUCAUCUUGUAGAAUACUUGUAUUUCUGUGAAUGGCCAUUUUGAACGUUACCCAGGUAGAUGUUGUGCUUAGUUAUCAUAUAUUAAUUCUGACCAAAGAUGCAAUACUGCCACUGCCUUUGAAUAAAUAAGACUACGUCAAGAGGUUCCACAAAGACCAAGAAAAAAACAAGAAUAUGUAUUCUACCUUCCCAGUUCACAAAAAUGCCCUAAAUAAAACCUAGAAAAUGUGAGUGCUGCCACUGAAUUCUUCAUUCCCAAGUAUUUUCUGAAGUUUCUUUACAAAUGCAGAAAGAAGGGAAUAUUUAGAAGAGUCCAUUUAACAUGGACAUUAUAGUUGCUGUCAUUUGCCUUAAAAGCAAUGAAAAAUUGUCAGUGCAGAGUGCCAGUUUUCAGGGGUGGUAUAUCUGGCAUAUUCCUGCUAUUAUGUGCAUAAAGAAGGCUGUUGACUUUAUUUUUUCUCUAGAGAGAGAGAGAGUAAUCCUUGAGAUGAAUUCUUCAACCCACACUAGUGAUAUUGCUAAGUUGUAGCUAAGAGUUUUUAAGUCUACAUGUUCCCUACCAUUCUUGAUUCAGGGGAGAAGAAUAUA